GCAACAGUCACGAGUGUAGUAUUAUUUUUGUUACAUGUUACAUAUCCUGAAAACCGGAUUUAAAAGACAUUUACUGGUAAACGUCUUUUUCCAACUGAAACUUAUUUACGGAGCUUGUACUUGCAGUUUGUCUACGUCAAAGGUAAAAAUCGACAGUGUUCAUGUCAGUGGGCAGUUUGGCUUUCACAUCUAAUUCUUCACUAUGGAAUACCUAAUUAGAUACCUUUAAAUCUACAUCCACGACUGGUAUAUCAAAGGCCGUGGUAUGUGCUAUCCUGUGUGGGAUGGUGCAUAUAAAAGAUCCCUUGCUACUUAUGUAAAAUGUAGCGGGUUUUCUCUCUAAGACUAUAUAUGUCGCAAUUACCAAAUAUUUGACAUCCUAUAGCCGUUGAUUAGUAAAUCAAUGUGCUCUAGUGGUAUCGUUAAACAAAACAAACAAACUUUAAAUCUCCCUCCAACGUAUUUGGAAUAUCGCCUUUCAAUACCUCAGAUCUCACUCUGUCUUCUUCCCAUCUGGUGUAUAAGAAAUAAUAUUUUAACUGGUGGAUAUUCUCUUUAAUUUUCAAAUCUUGUUUCUGUGUAUAUUGUUUUUUUUGUUUUUUUCCAAGGACUGGGGCAAUACUAAAGGUGCAGCAACUGCUGGCAAGUCACUCGGUCUUGACGAUUAAGUCCGACAAAACUGAGUGGAAGGUGCUGUGCGACAGUGAUGGUGGAAACAGCGUGGUUCUGGCCACAGAACACAGAACACCGCGCAAAGGCAAACCCAACCUCAUAGACCAAAAAACGCUUUACGAUAAUACGAGGACACGUGUUGCCAGCAGAGUACUGGACCCUUCUCCGCCGCGCCAUCCAACAAGACUUCGACGAUGUGCAGCUCCAAGGGACAUUCGCAUAGAAGGUCUUAGCUAUAUAGACACAAGCAACACGGCGGGUGACAACCAACAGAUUGACAGCUUCAGAAACAUGAUCAUCAAGAGCUUCUAUAGGACACCUGCCAGCCCGCCGCCUGGAAACCGAAACGCGAAGAAGCCUCUAAUUCGCGAAGGCAGCUUGUAUUACCAUCUCGUGGAGAGUCUGAAACGACAGAAGAAGCAGCAACGAGAUCAGAUCGAUCACCAGGUUGCCCUUCUGAAGCCGAUCACCUGCCAGUUCAGCGAAGGCGCUGACAGGGAAUACUGCGACAUUCUUGGUCCGGUGUCGUGCUGCCGCUGCAUAGAGAGCACCAACAGACACAUAGCCACCGAGAUCCAAAAGGGGAUCUUCCCGGACAUCGAGGUGACUCUAAACUCUCUCGUCGUCCCCAACAUAUCGAAAGUCAUGAAGAGUAGCGAAAACAUUCUGGCCAGGAAGAGGCGGCUGAGUAUGAUUAAUAACGGGUAUAUGUUUCGGCGGCACGAGACCCAGCUGCGACAGAGUGACCUGCACCGUCUGACGACGCAGUCCACCAAGCUGCCCAGCUUCAGCUCCUCUGAACGGUUCCCAAACUGGACGUCGUCUUUUAUGAGUUCCAGAAACAUUACGUCAUUAACCAUGGAGUCGUCUGUAUAAAUUUCAUAAACAACAGUUCUGUGUGGUCAAAAGCAAGAAACGUUCCCGAAGGGAUUCCUCGGAUUCUCCAAAUAAAAAUUAAUAGCCUAAAUAAAAAAAAAAAUAUAACUGUCGCAAAUUAAUUUUUAAAAAAUAAAUAAA